AUUUUGUUCCAAUCACCUCAUUUCUAUUGGCUACUUCUUUUGCAAUCCCUAAAACGAUGUCCCCCCCACCAAAACAUAUAACAAUCCUCGGAGGUGGCCUCUCAGGCCUCUCGACUGCCUACCACCUGUCCCGUGUCCUUCCGGCGAGUACCAAAAUCUCCCUGGUCGAGGGCACAUCAAGAGUUGGCGGGUGGAUCGAUUCUCAGAAACAUGAACUGGGGUUCAAGGAUCAAAGGGGGCAAAUGAGAGAGGGGGUGGUGGGCAUCGAGACUGGGCCUAGGAGUAUACGGCCUAGAGGAAGUAGAGGAGCGGCAAGCAUGCUGAAGAUGUUGGAAGAUCUCGGGCUGGAGAACGAUAUCAUGCCUAUCCCGUUCUCUCAUCCAUCUGCUCAAAAUCGAUUCUUACUGGACUACUCCACUUCGAAACUAACGGCGCUCCCCUCUUCCCUUACAUCUUUUCUUGGCCGCCAGCCACCUCUUCUCAAAGGUCUUCUCUCAGCAGGUUUAUUUGAACCUCUCAAACCAAAAGCACCAAGGAAACAUCUGACUGCUGAUAAAGAUGAGUCUGUGGAUGCAUUCUUCCGCAGACGAUUUGGCGAUAAUGUGGCGGACAACCUGGCCUCAGCUAUGGUUCAUGGUAUCUAUGCCGCCUCUUCUUCGCAGCUUUCCCUCAGAUCGGCUUUUCCCUCACUGUGGGAAGCAGAGAGGAAGUAUGGUUCUGUGGUAAUUGGCAUGCUGCUAGGAACUAAGACAGCGGCGGAGAAGGCUGAGGAGAAGCGAGAGUGGGAAGAGUUGGGAGAAGUAGGCAAGGAGAGGGAAAAAUGGAGUUUGUACGGCAUCAAAGGUGGUUUGGGCACAAUGACGGACAAACUACUGGACAGAAUUUCGUCCCGGGGUGUGGAAAUCAUCUUAGGGGAACCUGUACGCAAGAUUGAGCUUUCCUCAAACCAGGAAAUUGCUAUCCACACCCACAGCCACUCCCUUUCAACUUCCCACGUCAUCUCCGCCCUACCUCCCAGAGUUCUUGCUCGCACCCUCUCUUCUCCUUUACCCCACCUUACACACAAUCCCUCCACAUGCGUUGGAGUUGUCAACGUCGUAUAUCCCCUUCCACCCACAUCCAUUCACUCUGCAGGCUUCGGCUAUCUUGUUCCUCGUCCACCCACCAACCUCAACCCGAACCCGAGCCCGAACCCCUCGGGGGUCCUCGGUGUCAUCUUCGACUCAACAGCUUUACCCCCCAACCCUCCUGAGCUGGGUGGACAGGUGACGAAGCUCACAUUGAUGAUGGGUGGUCCGUACUGGGCAAACUACUCCCCGCGAAUCUCACCUCCCAGUGACCCGGAAGAACUCUUACCACUCGCCAUCCAACACCUCAAUACCAUUUUCCCGCAUCUUCGAAACGUCAAGCCUAUCUUGGCGGUCUGUAACAUUCAUCAUAACUGUAUUCCUACGUAUCUUCCAGGGCAUGGCGCUCGUUUGCGCGAAAUGCAUGAGGCGAUUGAGAGUGGAGAAUGGAAUGGGAAGUUGAGCUUGGUUGGGAGCGGAUACGGUGGAGUGGGUGUGAAUGAUUGCGUGCUUCCUGGGGUGGACGUCGCUAGGAGAUUGGCGAAGGGGAAGGAAGUGACAGGAUUGGAAGCGUGGAAGGACUGGGAGUGAGCAUUAAAGUUUGACACAUUUGCAUUGUAUUGAAUGAGACGGAUGGCCUAUAAUGGCGGCAUG